AUGGCAAGUGAUGCUGAUGCCCAAAUUAAUCAAUUACGUGAGUCUUUAGGUCGUUGGAAUAGAUCGAAUACAACAACCGCUAGUACAUUUGGUGAAAAUGCUAGAUCAUUUUUCAAUUCAUGGUCAGAUUCAAUCACUGAAAGAGCUAAUGACAUGUAUCAAAGAUUACCAAUAACUACACAGGAUCUCCCCUUACUGUCACAGAAUAAUAACCAGGAUGAACCAUCUUGGUUUAAUCUAUCACGUUGGGAACGUAUCACACUAUUCAUCUGUUUCCUACUAGGUUCAAUUGCAUGCUUCACAAUAUGUGUCUUUUUGUUCCCUGUGUUAGCAAUCAAACCAAGAAAGUUUGCUUUAUUAUGGACUAUGGGAAGCUUGUUAUUCGUUUUAGCAUUUGGCGUAAUGAUGGGUCCCUUCAAAUUUUUAAAACAUAUAAUAUCAAGGGAAAGACUUCCAUUUACAGCAUUUUUCUUUUUAAGUUGUUUCACUACUCUGUAUUUCGCUGCUAUUCAAAAAAACACAAUCCUUACUAUCAUUUGUGCUGCCGUAGAACUAGUUUCAGUUCUUUAUUAUAUUAUAUCCUAUUUCCCUAUGGGUGCCACAAGUUUAAGGAUGUUAAGUUCCUUUGGAAUGAAUACUGCUAGAGGAGCUUUACAUAUUUGA